AUGCCGCAAAACAAAUACCAAGCCGCAUUUCCGCCAAACGAAUCCGGAACCGUCACACAAAUGAAGACGUCAACGUGCCUGCACAGGUGGAUCAUCAAAGACUUCAACACGCACCUGGCAGAAUACAAGGGAUGCAUGAAGAGUUCCACGUUUUGUCAGCCGGACGAUCCCCGCACGUCCUGGAGAUUGCUCAUCUACCCGAACGGAAUUUGUGAGGCGAGAGGCUGGGUGAGCCUGUACUUGAAACUCGCGUCUCGUAGAGCGCGGUCCUUCAGAGCGAGAGCCGAAUUCUCUUUGAUCCGGGACGACGGAACCCAUGCCGCGCAGACGACCGUCGAAGCAGAGUUUCGAACCCAACAACCAACCUGUGGCGUUCCCAAAUUCCUGAAUAAGGAGCAGUUGCUGAAUACGGCCACCUCAAUGUUGCCCGACGACGCGCUCACGAUCGUCUGCAAAGUUACUGUGCUGGGUGAAAUCUCCCACACCGCGUACGCCACUGCCCCCGUGGUCAGGUCCGAGAAAGACUGCGACUUUACGGACGACUUUAAUCGUCUCUAUAGGACCGGACAGUUCAGCGACUUCGUAAUCUCCGCAGGUAAUAAGGAAUUUCGCGUCCACAAGGCUGUUCUGGCAGCGCGGUCACCGGUAUUCCUGGCCAUGCUUGUAAGCCCUUCGAAAGAGAGCCAAGAGGACAGAAUGACUAUAGAAGACCUAAAGCCGGAUGCGGUGGAGAAAAUGCUGGCGUACAUGUACACGGGCAAGGCGACAGGGAUUGGUAGCGUGAUGAACGACCUUCUGCGAGCGGCCGACAAGUACCAAAUGCCGUUGCUUAAGACGAUGUGCGCCGAGUGGAUGAAGUCUGAGCUGUCGGCGAAAAACGUGGCUGACGUGUUUCUUCUAGCCGCUACUUACAGUGUACCAGAGCUGAUGAUCUCGGCGGGGAACUACAUCAGUGCACACGCUGCGGAAGUGGUCAGCACGGAAGGCUGGCGGAGACUCGCUAACCUGCGCCCAGAGGUCAUGGCAGGGUUCUCCAGCUCGCUGGUCGGAUCGAAACGAGAACGAUACCCGUGA